AUGUCAAGCGGAAAUUCAACUAGAUCAAGAGCUAAUGUUGGAAAAAAAGAAAUAAAAGUCAAACAACAAGACACUUGUAUUGAAGAAGCAAUGAACGCAGACCCUCCUUCUGCUACCCCUUGCUCCAGUUCGCUUCAACCUCAUUCCUUAGCCUCCAUCAAAAAAGAAUCUAAUCGGAAAAGACAGAGAAUUCCAAGUCCAGAUAAGGAGACAGAAACCUUUAAACUGAACCGCCAAGCUGCCAGAAGAGCACGCAAUACAUCUGAAAACUCCAGAAAAAUAUAUAAAGAAGCCUCACUUCCAACCUCAUCUCCCGAUACGUUCCGAGAAACAACUUCUGAAGAAUCGCCUGAGGCUGGCUGCAAAAUGAAAACUUCAGUAACGACAUCUACCAGACGAACAUGCUCCGGAUUUGAUGACGAUUUAGAGGAUCGGAAACCAGAUUUGAUUAAAAUUGAAGUGAAGAAGGUCAAAGUGGAGAGUAAAGAUGUGCCAUGGUUUGUCCCAGAGCAUGAAAACAAGUUUAUUGAUUUCCUGCUGGAUUAUCCGAAAACUGGAAUGUUUAAUCGAAACGGAUUAAUUGAUGAGUACAAUGAAAAGAAUAAUACCAAACACCCAUUGAACUUUUUUGACCACGUAGUUCAUGAUUUGGAAAAGAAACUAAUUGCAAAAAAACGUGGAAUUGGCGAUAUAGUUCGUGUCUUCUUCAGAGCACAGGUUCCCUUGUCCGCUUAUUUACGAGACGAAAUAACGAGGAUAGCCAGUGAGGGAACCGCGUUGUUUUCUGCAGAUGGUAGAGCUGUGAAGAUAAUUUAUGAGGAUGUGUACUUGAAUACUUCAUACGACAAAGAUUUUAUCAAGUUUUUGAUCGAAAUUGCAAGAGGGCGUAGUAAACCAGUUGCCCAUGAAGAACUGGCAGAAGAGUACAGAGCGGAACUGUUCGAAUCGAAGCGUGAAGAGGUAUCGGACCAAUUUUUUGUAUAUCAUCUUGAGCACUUGGAAGAGUUCAUAAAUGAUGACAGGUCUAGUUCAAAGAUUCGCACGCUCUUCAUCACUCAAGCUCUCAUUUCAAAAAUCAUCAGCUUGGGUCGAAAAGGCGAAGUGGGAUUCGACAAAAAAGGAAAAAUCGUUCGUUUCGUUUCCAAAAAUGGAGCCACUCGUUUGAAGCGAGACACCGGAGAACCAGAAGUCCCCAUGGAAGAAUUGCCGGACUCUGAUCAGCACAUCACCAUCUCUGCAAUCAACUCAAUUGAAGACUCAAAAUCGAGCGAUGACGAAAUGAAAUUUGGGGCAAAAAUUGGAGAAGAAUCAAAAAGAAGAGUCCGCAACAAGUUAUCUAAUGAAGAACUGAAGCACUUGGUUCAUUAUUUUGCGGAGUGUUCCAGAAAGCAGCCAGAUGAUAUGGUUUUCAAUGAGGUCUACAGAAAUUGUGUACCCUACAUGGAAGAAAAGUUCGGUAAAGAGCUAACAAGAACAGAUGUGGCAUAUCAAAAAAUACUACAAAAAUGUUUCAAAACGUUGGAAAUCAGUUUGCAUGGUAUCGAACAAGAGAAAAUUGCGGCCAUUAUGUAUGCCACGCGGUGGUGGGUGCAUAAGAAACUGGAAAUCGGUCUAAAAAAAGAUUUCGAUAUUGAAUUGGACUCGAAAAGGCUACUUUCCUACUACGCGUCAAAAACCGAUGGUAGUAUUCAAGUAGGACAACGGAACUCGAGCCGAAAUUCGAAAGUUAGGUGUAUCGAUGAGCCAAACAUAAAUUUAAUCAACUUUGUGGGUGAGAGAGCAAAAACGUCUCUCAAGAAGUGGAAGUUGAAAGAAGCGGUCAGAAAUUAUCUGAAAAGUAUAGACGAACAUUUUGACGACAAGAAGUUAGUAUUAAAAGUGGACAAAAUCAAGGCAAUGCUAGUGAAGAAUCCCGAGCGAGUCGCUGAUGUCGACCGCGAAAAGAUUGCGGCGAUUUUAUACGCGAUGAACUGGCCUGUAUGUGAAAAAUUUGAAAAUGAAUUCAAGAAAAUUGCAUACUUUAAACUGGAGAAGAAAACUCGAACCCUGCUAUAUUAUACAUCCAAAAAUCCAAAUGGAUGGAAUACAAGAUCACAGAGCACGGAUCUGAUGCAGUGUGGAUCAACGAGUAUACCACAAAACUACAAAAGCAAGCUUCGAGUCAAAAAAAAUCAGUGUGUUCAAUCAUAUGAAGAACACUCGGAAAAUGAAGAAGAACCGGAUGGAAGCCUUCGUGAUGACUACGAUGAAGCUUGUAUGUCACCUCAUCGGAGCCCCAUCCAACGAAAUAUGAGUACACAAGAAAGAACUCCAAUCCCCAAUCAGACCGAAGAAUUUACCAACGCCUACAACCUGUUACGCAACAUUCAACAAACUGUAGAGGAUAUGGGACCGGAUCUUCUCAAAGAAUCACUCACAAUGCUAGGCGAUGUCAUUGAAUUCUGUCCGCUGGAAGCUAACGUGAAGAUUCACAGCGUUGCAGUAGUCGUGGGGCACGCUGCAGUAGCCAUGGAGGAGGCGAUCACCAAGGAUUUGAAUGACACUGUCGCACUUCAGAAAGUGCAUUUGCUGUUGGGUCGAAUCGUUCAUCAAGUGAAUUCUCCAAAGUUGGAUAUCAUAGCAGACCACUUGAGACAAUUAUCGAUUGAGAAGGAUCAUUUGGGCUAUAGAAUCCCAAAAAAAGAGUUCACGGAAAUGAUUGGAAAAUUGAUUCGAUACAUCACAAAGAGCGAGGACGACUCAUAA